ACGACGCAAUAAUGAGUCACGUCAAGAUCCACCAGUUGCACAUCUGGUUGGUCGAGCUGGCGGAAUGCAGUCGACCGGCUCAUUGUUUAACUUUGGCAACACUAACAGAGUUCCACGUCACAGUCAGACCUGCGCUUGGAUUGGCAGCCUUCCCUCCCGUCCGGUGACACCGUCGCUGGCUGGCGUGCAGGUGGAGCGGGAGGCGGGGCUCAGGAGCUCCAUAAAAGCUUUCCACAUCCUUCGUUCGACUCCAAAAGUUGAGCUGGGGCGACCGGAGAAGCUGAUGCUCAGAGGCGCUCAGACACAGACAAAAAUGUUGACGCGGAGUUUCACCCUUUUAGCGCUCUUUGCUCUCGUCACCCUCGGUGUGGGUGCUCCACUUUCUGGAAGAAGUGCGCCGCUGCUCGCUCAUUUGGAUGGAAAAGUAGCAACGCGAGCGGUGACAUCGCCGGCAGCUCCCGUCCAGUCCCGCGGCACGUCCCGUUCCCCAGGUGCCGACGACUCCCGAGAACGAGCCCGAGCACAAGUAAACAAUGAGGACGUGGACAAAGUGGAGGGAGAAGGUGCUUCCGACUCGCUGGAUUCAGACGGCACAGCGGCAGAAAUUCCUGACCUGUCCCUCAGAGAAAGUCAAGAGUCCCCAGAUUUGGCAGGUUCUAUCAAAUCGACAGAAUCGACGGAGUCUGCGGAAACACCGGAGUCCGUCAAAUCCGCAGAAUCGCCGGAGUCGGCGGAAUCCUCAGAUGCUAUAGCGUCUGAAAAAUCACGAGAGUCUGCGGAAUCGGCAGAUUCCGUAAAAUCGCCCGAAUCGGCGGAAACGAACGAGUCUGCGGAGUCGCCAAAAUCUGCGGAAUCGCCCGAGCCCGCCGAUUCCUCGGAAUCGCCCGAGCCCACCGAUUCCUCGGAAUCGCCCGAGCCCGCCGAUUCCUCGGAAUCGGCCGCGUCUCCGGAAUUGCCCCUAUCUCCGGAACAGACUGAGGAGUCCAGUUCGGAGGCGGAGGACGGUAGCGAGAAGGCCGGCGGCGCCGCCGACCCCCCGAUGGGCGAUUUUGACUUAAUGGCAGGAGGCCAGCUGGGGCCUGAGGUCUUAGAUGAAGAGGACGCACGGGAAGGAAGCCAGAUCCCCGAGACGGAUUCCUUCGACCGACCCGAUUUGAUGGAAGGGGGUGAGAUCGGAGAGGAAGGAGAAAAGUCCCCCGAAGUUGACGGAGGGUCAGACGCCAGCGUCGGCGUAGAGAACGCCGAGCUUGGCGGAGACGCUUUGGCGGGGGACGAGCAAAAUGUUCCGGAAGCUGAAGAGAGCUCCCAAAUCUUUGACUCCACUGAAGCACCUCUUGUCCAGAAAUCAGCCUCCACCCCCUCGAGCCCUAGGGAGUGACUUACUGUAGAACAUUCAAAUGCCGACUAAGAGGAAGCCAGCGGAAGCGCGAGACCGCUUGAAUGCAUUCGCCAAGAGCGCUUCCCGUUUGGGUCGCUCGUGUCCCCGAAUCUUUGUCGAGCGCUCGUCGCUUCGUUCCUCUGUCUGUUGAAUCCACGUGUACAUACGUCCAGUGUGUAGCGCUCCUAGUCAAUGGCAUCCAACUAUAUUGGCUGUAUAUUAAUAAAGUCUCAACAGUCACGUGUCAGUCCUUUCCUU